CAGCUGCGUUUUGGUUUUUAAUUCACGAGCGCUCUGUUGGAAGCUGUAGAAGAAGAGGCGUCAGUUUGUCAAGUUUUUCGGGUUUUCCUGAAAGUUUUUCGGGUUUUACUGAUCAUUUAAUCUCAUCUGCCGACGGUGUGGAAGUAAUAUGCAAGCUAUGAGAAACCUUUUCCGGGCUCCCUGGUCCUCUGACGUGAGGCUCGAUGGUCAAACUGCGGUGAUUACAGGCGCCAACUCCGGCAUCGGCAAAGAGACAGCCAUCGACCUGGCCAAGAGGGGAGCCAGAGUGAUCUUGGCAUGUCGAGAUAUGGAGAAGGCACAGGCAGCUGUAACUGAAAUCAUCGAAAGCUCUGGCAGUGACAGUGUUCUCUGCAUGAAACUCGAUUUAUCAGACAGCAAAUCUAUCAGAGAGUUUGCUGAAGCUAUCAAUAAAGAUGAGCAAAAACUUAACCUCCUCAUCAACAAUGCAGGUGUGAUGGUUUGUCCGUAUGGGAAAACUGCAGAUGGCUUCGAAAUGCAGAUUGGAGUCAAUCACUUUGGACAUUUCCUGCUGACAUACUUGUUGCUUGAUCUAAUCAAAAGAUCAGCCCCGGCCAGAAUCAUAAACGUGUCUUCGAUGGCUCAUUCCUGGGGCUCCAUCAAUCUGGAGGACAUCAACAGUGAGAAGAGCUACAACAAGAACAAAGCUUACGCUCAGAGUAAACUUGCUAACGUGCUCUUCACCCGCUCACUGGCUAAAAGAUUAGAAGGUACCGGUGUGACCACGUACUCCCUCCAUCCUGGGGUCGUUCGGACAGAUUUGUGGCGCCACCUGAGCGCUCCUGAGCGGUUCUUCAUAAAUCUAGCCAAACCUUUCACCAAAGACUCGACCCAGGGAGCUCAGACUACCAUUUACUGUGCAGUGGAGCCGUCUCUGGAGAAGGAGAGUGGUGGAUAUUACAGUGACUGUGCUCCUGCCAACACCUCCGCUGCUGGGAAAGACGAGCUGGCAGAGAAGCUGUGGGAGCUGAGCUGCAAGAUGCUCUCCUUGACAUGGGAAUAAGGCCUUCCCUCUGUUGCUUUACUGAUUGUUACUUCAUUCCUUUAAUAACGCACACUAAC